AUGCUCUCGUUCGGCGGCCGCAUCACCCGAGCUGGCGAGCAAUUGCGCAGCCCGUUUCCUCAAGGAGUGUUGUUACAGCGUGACCAGCCUCCGAACACCUUUCGUGGGUACCUAGACUUUAAUUUUCGCCGCUCUGACGACAACGGCUUUCGCUCGACACCACCUACGACUUUCAAUUGUUCGCGGAUUUACUUCUAUUGUAGGGCCAUAUCGGCUGUACUUCUAUCAUACAGCCAUAUUGGUUUCACUUCUAUCGUACGGCAAUAUUGGAUGUACUUCUAUCAUACGGCCAUAUCGGUUUUACACCUUCCACACGGCCGGAUCUGUCCUCGAAUGUGGUCGCUUCUCAAAGCCCGCUCUUUGGCCCCGUAUUUUUCAUUUCCUACGUUUUCCACGCUUCCAGUGUCACCUGCCCAGGUCUUGGCUGGGCGUUCCACACAGACAUUCUUCUUCGACAUAGCUACUACGGACUCUUCUCAACGGGACACUGCUUUUCCUGUUCAUAUGGUUACAGAUGCCUCUUCCGACUCGGAGUCGGCGAGAGCCCCUAGGUCGGCUUUGGAUAAGCUCUCCGCUCUCCUUUCCCUCACAGUUUUACAUGCGGCGUUAGCCGAUGUCGUUAUCCCCUCAACUUUGAUCGAUGACAGUCGGCCAUGAAUCGCCCGCGCGUACACCGUGGCAACACUUCUUUCGAGCAAGUCGCUUUAAUCCCAACCCAAAUCCCCGCGGGUUUCGACUUCGGCCUCCGUCACCUCCCAGGGAACCAUCUACUCCGAGCAACCACAUUUCGGACGAUGAUGACGCAUCUCGUGAGGCAGCGGCCAAGGAACUUCCCCGUCUCCUUACGCGAUGGUCGCAUCGCGGGGCCUUUUGACUACGACUGCCUUCGCCUUCAAGUCAGCUCUCUCGGCUCAAAUCCGCUGUCGGUGAUCAAGAACGACGCGCACCCGGUCAAUCGCGGAGGCGUCUCCGUAAAUGUGAAACACGGGAUCUCAGGAUCGCCCAGAAACUGGCUUGGCUUGUGCUGGGGGGCGCACUCUCCCUUCAACCCCCUGUUCCCCCCCCCCCCCCCCCCCCCCCACCCCCCCCCGAAAGUUUCGGCGUCGCUCGCGGCGGCGCAAUCUGCGCCGGUAGCUUGA